AAAAAGAAGACGUAGUUUGUUGGCCUGUUAGAGAAGAGUUGUUGUAAUAAAGUCCAUUUUAUCAUGUCAAGACGGUGUUAUUUUCACCCCGACUGCAAAUCUCCUAUAUAUGGCCUUCCCAAGGAUGACAAAAUUAGGCAGCAAUGGUUAAAUUUUAUUUUUAACUCGAGUUCUGAACAUAACAACCCCAACAUAUUUCUCUGUGCUGCGCAUUUUACGGAGGACAGCUUCAUUAAUCGUGAAGAAUACAAUGCUGGUAUCGCACAAAUGCUUAUACUGAAAAAUGAAUCUGUUCCCACUUUAUCAGGACAGCCUGCUGAUAAUGGACCAAAACCUGAUCUGGAUUGUUGUGAAUCUUCAGUGUAUGUGACUGAUGGGAGCUCCUCAAAAAGUCUGAAUUCAGUGAGCACCGAACAAGAUCAGACACUGAUGGACAAACAUCUCUCUGAAGAGACAUCCGGUCCCACACAGGAAUCAGAGCUCAGUCUUACUUUACUCUGUUACAGUGAGUCAGACAGUGAUCAGGAGGAUGAAUCCUCUGAACAAACCACCAGAGACUUUCAGGUUAUCGUCUGUAACGAUGAAGAACAGCAGCAGAUAAUGCAGACCACGCUGAAGACGUGUUCAGUCCAACUGGAGGACUGCAGAAACCUAUUGGAGAAAAAAAUAGAAACCGACGAUGAUGAUGAUGAACAAGAUGAUGAUGAUGAUAAAGAAGAUAAGUGUGAUGAUGAUGAUGAUGAUUUUGUUCCUUCGGAUGAGCCUUAUGAUGACGAUAAUGAUCACUGUAUUCCUUCAGAUGAGAUCAAUGAAUCUUCUGAUGAAGAAAAACCACACAAGUGUCCAUACUGUAAGAAGAGAUUUUCCAGUACAAGUCAGGUUAAGUCACAUGUGGUUUUACACACCAAGGAGAAACCGUAUCAAUGCAGUGUAUGUGGAAAAACUUUUAAGGUUUUACGUUCUUUAACCUUACACGAAUUAACACACAGUGAGGAGAAACCCUUUCCAUGUACACACUGUGAUAAAGGUUUCAAUAACAAACAUAGUCUAACAAAACAUAUUAGAGUUCACACCGGAGAGAAACCUUUCCUCUGCCAACACUGCGGAAAGAGCUUCUCUAAUACCAAUGGUUUCAGAAUUCAUCAGAGAGUUCACACCGGAGAAAAACCUUAUCAAUGCACUCAAUGUGAAAAGAGCUUCGCACGUUACCAGACCUUUAAGCUUCAUCGGCAAGUUCACACUGGAGUAAAACCUUAUCAGUGUGAGUUUUGUGGGAAGAAUUUCACUCGACAGGACAAUUUGGCAACACACCGGAGAAUUCAUACGGGAGAAAAACCUUACAAGUGCACUCAGUGUGAUAAGGGAUUCACCCAAGCGGUUCUCCUGAGACUCCAUCAGAAAAAACAUACUGGAGAGAAACCUUAACUGUAGAGAUAUUCAAUCAUGUAGGACAUUUUAAAAGACUCAAAAGAAGAAACAUGCUGAAGAACAAACUGAAAAUGACAAAAACAAAUAAAAAAUCAUGGUUACAAACAUUAUUUUACAUUUAUGGAAGACUUUGUAUUUUCUGUACUGUAUUGAAAAUAAUAGCAGAUUUAAUUGGAUUCAAUUAAAACUCUGAUGUAUU